ACUAGACCCAUGACAAAAAGCGCAGCAAAAAACCCAACACCUCCCGACCUUUAUCUCUUCCUCCAAAUGGCCAACAUCUUUGCAAUUAAUCGCUGCUCUUCCUCAGUUUAUCAACGCUUUAUAGUUCAAUUCAAUAGCACACAGCGGUUCAGUUCGUUAUCGUCACACGUAUCCAAAUCCAGAUUCAUAAAGUUGAACAAUCUCAGAAGGAAUUGCUCACUUUCAUCAGAUGCUGCUGCUCCAUUCAUCGUAGCAGACGAUGAAAAAUACGGCAACAAACAAGUCAUCAGUAUCACUCCUCGCCUUUACGAUUAUAUCCUCGCCAAUGCUCGCGAGCCUCCGGUUCUCCGGCAAUUACGCGAAGAAACCGCUAAUAUGCGCGGCAGCCAAAUGCAGGUGUCUCCUGAUCAAGCACAGUUACUAGCGAUGUUAGUACAGAUUCUUGGGGCUGCAAGAUGUAUUGAACUUGGUGUUUACACUGGGUACUCAUCAUUGGCUAUUGCAUUGGCUUUACCAGAAUCAGGCUGUUUAGUUGCCUGUGAAAGGGAUGCCAAAUCCCUUGAGGUUGCAAAAAGGUACUAUGAACUAGCCGGUGUUUCGCACAAGGUAAGUGUGAAACAUGGACUAGCUGCAGAUGUCUUGAAAUCUAUGAUUUCUAAUGGUGAGACAUGCAGCUAUGAUUUUGCAUUUGUUGAUGCCGAGAAGAGGAUGAAUCAAAAAUAUUUUGAACUGCUACUGCAGCUGGUUCGGGUUGGGGGAGUGAUCGUGAUUGAUAAUGUCCUUUGGCAUGGCAAAGUUGCUGACCCAUUGGUAAAUGAUGCAAAGACUGUCAGCAUUCGGAAUUUCAAUAGAAACCUAAUGGCAGAUGAUCGAGUAAGCAUCAGUUUGGUACCUAUUGGAGAUGGAAUGACAAUAUGCCGAAAACGAUGAUCUAAUCUGAGCUCAUACUACUUUCUUGACAAAGCAUGGUUUCCCAGCUGAUAUCUCCACUCUGGUAUUCUCUGAAAAUUCACCCAUAUCUUUAAAUUGGCACUUUUAAAUGACAGGCAAGAAGCAAGUCAAUCAGGCCCUUAAACCGACGCAACCAUCGGUGACAUCCUUCAAAGUUGAUUCAGACACGGAAAAUAUCGGCCUCGAUAUACGCUUUGUUAGAUGAACUCUGCUCCCUUUUUAAAACAGGGUAGGGGCUGGGGAUCAUCCUGAUGUACAUUUACUUGUUUUGUAUCAUAGCAACAACUAACAAGAGAGCUAUAAAUUAGUUUACUUUUUUUUUAGUAAAAACAUGUAUACAUUUAGUAAUGGAAUAAAAUGAUAUUUUGCUUCCUAA